UUUCUGUCGAGGAAUCUGUAUCUAUAUAUCUCUUCUGGUUUUCUGAUAAAUUUUCCAGGCGGUUUUCUCUGCUGGUUUCUGUGGGCUUAGUGGUUUUGAUUUUGCUUCUUAUUUAAACGAAUCAUCACUGACUAUUUUCUGAGUAGAACCAAGAAAUGGAGCUUGUCAUUUUCGCACUGUGCACCAUCUGUUUGUUGUAUUGCCUCAACCAGUUUUACAAGCUUUACCUUCAAAAGAGGGACCAAAGUUGCUACCUUGUCGAUUACGAGUGCCACAAGCCUUCCGAUGAAAGAAAAAUCGACACCAAAUUCUGCGGCAGCAUCAUAGCUCGAAACAAGAACCUCGGCCACGAGGACUACAAGUUCCUCCUCCGCAUCAUCGUGAAUUCGGGAAUCGGGGAGCAAACUUACGGCCCGAGAAACAUCAUCGAAAGACGCGAGAACUCCCCCACUCUCCAAGACGGGAUUUUGGAGAUGGAGGAGUUUUUCGUCGAAACUCUCGAUCGCCUGUUCCGGAAAACGGGCGUUUCUCCUCAAGAAAUCGAUGUGCUUGUUGUGAAUGUGUCGUUGCUCUCUUCGACUCCUUCCCUAACAUCUGGAAUCAUCAAUCGUUACAAGAUGAGGGGAGAUAUCAAGUCCUUCAAUCUCACGGGCAUGGGCUGCAGCGCGAGCUUGAUUUCGAUAAAUCUCGUGCAGAACAUUUUCAAGUCGAAGAAGAAUGCUUUUGCAGUUGUGGUGAGUUCCGAGUCCAUUGCACCGAAUUGGUACUCGGGAAAUGACAAAUCCAUGAUCCUAACGAAUUGUUUAUUUCGUUCGGGGGGUUGCUCGAUUCUUCUCACGAACAAUCCAGAUUUCAAGAAUCGGGCGAAAAUGAUGUUGAAAUGCUUGGUUCGCACUCAUUUGGGCUCGAGCGAUGAAGCCCACAAUUGCUGCAUGCAAACGGAGGACAAUCAAGGGAGGCUCGGUGUUUACCUCGGCAAAAAUCUCCCCAAAACGGCCACACGGGCCUUCACCAAAAACGUAGCGGAAAUAGCUACAAAAUUUUUGCCAUUUAAGGAACUCGUCCGAUAUAUUGUGCUGAAAUACGUUGGAAAAAAAGUGCCGAUUCUUGAUCUUAAGGCUGGUGUAGAUCACUUCUGCUUGCACCCUGGUGGGACAGCUGUGAUUGAAGAGGUGAGAAAGAAUUUAGGGUUAGGCGAGUACGACGUGGAACCUUCUAGAAUGACUCUGCAUCGUUUCGGAAACACGUCAUCGAGUAGUUUGUGGUACGUUUUGGGGUAUAUGGAGGCGAAAAAAAGGCUCAAGAAAGGCGAUAAAGUUUGGAUGAUUACUUUCGGUUCGGGUUUUAAGUGUAAUAGCUGUGUGUGGGAGGUUUUGAAGGAUUUGGAAGAUGGGAAUGUUUGGGGUGACGAUAUCGACCGGUACCCUCCGAAAACGACUGCGAAUCCGUAUUUGGAGAAGUAUGGUUGGAUUAAUCAAGACACACUGGAGGUACCUGAGGGCUUAGUGUUUGAUUGAUAUGUAUGAAUUUCCAGAAGUUUCUGAAUUUCACAAGUUUAAUUGGUGAGGGUAAAGUUUGGAUUAUUAAAAAUAUCAUAUGGAAUACAAUCGUUGUUGAAUUCUU